UGGAACCGUUAAGAGUAAGAGUAGCCUGGUUUUGAGGAUUUUAGGAAUUGACGGCCACCAGUUCACAAAUAUUGAAUUAAGCUGAUUUUGUAGAGGAAUUGGGUGUUAAGUGAAAAUCAGUCAAGAUGAACGGAAAAACACUGGCUACAGUUUUUAUGCUAGUGGCCGCAUUGAAUGCUUUCAGUGCACAGGCAGAAAACAGCAAUGAGACAGUAACAUCUUCACCAGACACAACACUAAAUGUUACCAGUGCACCCACCACAACAAAUGUUUCAGUAUCUACUAAUGGAUCGACAGACCCUACAACAGUGUCCGCAGCAGAAACAGCUACAGUUAACGGCACAGUGGAAUCAACUACACGUCUCACUGCCAAUUCAACAACAGGCUUUACUACCCAGGCAGUUGUCUUAACCAAUGUCACCACGGGAUCAACUGCAGGUCUAACUUCUGAAUCAACUGCCCAGUCAACAGGUACUGCUGCAGAAUCAACAACAGGUUCUAACGUCCAGCCACCUAGUAACGUCUCAAGUCCAGCAACAAGUACAAUCACAAUGGCUGCAUCUACAGCUAACAUGUCAGAAUCAUCACCAAGUGCUCAAGCUGCAACAACUGCAAGUAUCCCACAGGGAACAUCAACAGGUGUUAGUAAUACUUCAGUACCUACAGUAGUCACAUCUGUAACACCAUCGAGUCCUUUGUCUGGAUCAACUACAGGUAUUAUACUGGAAUCUUCAACAGGAGGUACACCAGGAUCACCAAGUUCUCCUGCUGGAGCAACAGGUAUCACAUUGGGAUCAUCAUCAGGUGUUACUGAUACAUCAGCAACUCCACAUGUCACAUUAGGACCACAAUCAAGUCCUCCUUCAGAAUCAUCUACUGUUUCAACAUUGGGACCAUCAACCAGUGUUAGUUAUGCAUCACCAUCUACAGGCAUUGCAUCGGCAACACCAUUAAGUCUUCCUACUGGAUCAACUACAGGUAUCACACUUGGAUCACCAACAAGUGUUAGUUAUGCAUCACCAUCUAUAGACACAACAUCAGGACCAUCAUUAAGUCCUCCUACCGGGUCACCUACAGGUACCACACCAGGUCUAUCAACCAGUGUUAGUUAUGCACCACCAUCUACAGGCAUUACAUCAGGAACAUCAUUAAGUCCUCCUACUGGAUCAUCUACAGGUAUCACAUAUGGAUCACCAACAAGUGUUAGUUAUGCACCACCAUCUACAGGCAUUACAUCAGGAACAUCAUUAAGUCCUCCUACCGGGUCAUCUACAGGUAUCACAUAUGGAUCACCAACAAGUGUUAGUUAUGCACCACCAUCUAUAAGCACUACAUCAGGGCCACCAUUAAGUCCUUUUACUGGAUCAUCUACAGGCAUCACAGUAGGAUCAUCAGUUACAUCUGGACCAUCAUCAAGUCCAUCACAUCCAACAGAUUCAACAGGACUAUCACCAAGUUCUGCAAUAUCAAGUAUAAGUAUCACACUAGGAGAACCAAAAGCUAGUACCAUACCAGAAUCUACAGUAGUCACAUCAUACCCACCAUCCAGUAGUCCUGUCGGAUCAACUACAGGUGUCACACCAGGACCAACAACAAGUGCUGGCAGUGCAUUAGUAUCUACUGUAGUCACAUCAGGAUCAUCAAUGAGUUCACCUGCUGGAUCAAAUACAGUCAUCACAGGAUCAACUACAGGUGUCACACCAGGACCAACAACAAGUGCUGGCAGUGCAUUAGUAUCUACAGUAGUCACAUCAGGAUCACCAAUGAGUUCACCUGCUGGAUCAAAUACAGUCAUCACAGGAUCAACUACAGGUGUCACACCAGGACCAACAACAAGUGCUGGCAGUGCAUUAGUAUCUACAGUAGUCACAUCAGGAUCACCAAUGAGUUCACCUGCUGGAUCAAAUACAGUCAUCACAGGAUCAACUACAGGUGUCACACCAGGACCAACAACAAGUGCUGGCAGUGCAUUAGUAUCUACAGUAGUCACAUCAGGACCACCAAUGAGCUCACCUGCUGGAUCAAAUACAGUCAUCACAGGAUCAACUACAGGUGUCACACCAGGACCAACAACAAGUGCUGGCAGUGCAUUAGUAUCUACAGUAGUCACAUCACGACCAACAUCAAGUCUUUCACCAACAACAGUUGCCACUACCACAGCAGCUUCUGCUGUAAUAAAAGUUAGCUUUACCAGCAAUGAACAAUUUACCUCUGACCUACUGAACUCAUCUUCAGCUGCCUUCAUCCAGCGUUCACAAAAGGUCAAAACAGAGUUAGGAACAGCAUUUGCGACAACAUUCACCACCUUCAUCGCGCUGACGGUGACUAGUUUCAAGGAAGGGUCAAUCAUCACAUUUAUGAAUUUAGAGUUUAGUUCUGGAACUGCGCCCAAUGACACUGCAGUCGUUAGUACUGUACUCUCUGCAAAAACAUCUCUCAACAUUACAUCAGCUAGUGUGAUAACAACAACGACUACUACACCAACUACAGCUGAACCAACAACAACUACAUCUACAACUCAGAUUCCAACAUUAUUGACAUCCACCACAACUACUACAACUCAAGUUCCAACAACCACAACUACUGCAACAACUACUCCAACCACCACUAGCACAACAACUACUACUACAACUACAACUACUACUACCACAACAACUACUACUACCACAACAACUACUACUACCACAACAGUAGCACCAACACGUCCACCCCCGGCUGUUGCGCUACAGAUUGUCAUACAGCAAGUCUAUGUUGUCCAGCUGAGUAACCCUCAGAGUCAGGAGUUCCAAAGCUUAGCCAGUGUAGUGGUAUUAUCAUUUGACAGAAUCUACAAAUUACAAUAUGGGGUUCUCUUCGUCAGGACUGUUGUGACAGCUUUUAGACCUGGGACCACACGUGCACAAAACGUAGAAGCAGAUGUGCAGUUGAUAUUCAACGAGAACUCCACGAAGCCUAUCCCAGCUGCUACUGAAAUUGUGAGCACUCUGAAAGAGGCUAUAUCAAAUCCAAGCUCAGGUUUUACCUUGUUAGUGGACCCCACCUCCAUCACUGUUCUCAGUUCUCCGCAGAUUGUCCCUGUGGUAAUUUUCACAAAUGGCACUUUUGUAACGGCUCUCUCUAAUUCCACUUCGGCUUUAUUCACAAACAGGUCAUCAAUGAUCAAAACAGGACUCGAGCCUUUUUUCACUGCUGAUUAUCCUUCAGCAUUCAGUAGCUUGGCACUGACAAAUUUCAGUGAUGGAGGUCUCAGCACUACUGGUGUAACAAUGAUCCAGAGCUCCAUGGAUUUGUCUUUUGGAGCCUCUGCUACACUGCCCAACACCACUCAGAUUGGACAAACUAUAAUUAGAGCAGCUAAAAAUAACAGCCUCCCCUUCCAGAUCUUCACCUCAAAAAUCAUAGUGAAUGGCACUGUAAUAUCAUCAAGCGAAGUCAGCAGCAAGAUCAGCAUGUUCACAGCGACCUUCAUGGUGGCCAUCUCACUUCUAGUUACAUGGUCCAGCUAAGGAUGACGAUGUCUACCAUUCCCAAGAAAAGAUUUCAGAAUGUUCCUGACUUUAGUUUCUUAAAUGUACCAAUUAUUUGCGAGAAACCUUACGUUGGGGCCCCAUAGUUUAACUCUGAAUGCUUCAUAAACACUGUUUAUGAAAUUAAACCAUUGUAAAUUGAGAAUAAUUUGCAUAAUGUAAUUUGAGUGCAUCACUGUCAGUUACCAUUAAAAAUUGUGAUAUUCACGCUGAUA